AUGAGCUCGUCGGAGCAGCAAGAACCGGCGCCCAGCGCUGCCGAGGCUGCUGUCUCGCCAGCACGCAGCGAUAAGAGCACCGACAGCGAGGGCAGACCGGUCCGGGAGAAAUUUCAGAAGACAAGCAUAGAUGCAACAGCGAACCCGAUAUCGGUGUUGGGGCGGACCAGCGGCGCUGCGAACGGGACCCUGAAGCCAGGAAGCCGCAGCGCGUCCGGAUCAGACAGCGAGCGUGGGCGGUUACGGAGAAAGCGCAGCCGGGAAGACAUCGACGACGACAACGAGGGCGGCAAGCAGCCGGACAAGAAGCAGGAGAGGCUGGAGAAGGGCCCAGAGAAGCCUACCAGACAUGCACGCAAGCGCUCCAGGGACAUGCCGACCGACCUCGAGGACGGAGCCCUGCCCAAGCCUGCGACCGCCCCCGUGUCCAGAAUCGAAGAGACCGACGCUGAGAUGGCUUCUCCCAACAAAGCCGCCGCAAAGACCACAGACACAGAGGCACGUGCCGGCACGAGUCCAAAGAACAAGCGUCCACGCGACGAGACUGACGCUUCUGAGGCUGCCGAGGACUGCACAAAGGAUGCCCCUACCAACGGCCAAGCAGCAACAAAGGAAGGCGACGAGCGCGAGUCCAAACGAGCACGGGACAAAGAGGAGGCCAGGCCGGCGACAUCGAUACCAGCUGGGAGCGGUUUCGCCAAUACAUCUGCAGCAUCGCCCUUCGCCGCCAUGGCCGCCAAACGCGCUGCGCCCAAGUCGGACAAGACAGACAAGACAGAGUCCAUGCCCCAGACUUCAAACGACAAGUUCAAGGCUUCAGGAUUUGGCAGCGUAGCAAGCUCUAGCGGAUCACCAUUCGGAAGCUUUGGUGCUGCUGCGAAGACAGGGUCCCCAUUCGGCGGCGCUCCUAAGCUCAGCUCCUUCGCCUCCCCUGCAUCUACAUCUUCGACACCGGCAACACCCUCGGGAAGUGGAUUUGGAUCCCUGGGAGCUGCAAAGUCAAGCUUUGGCGGUGCAAGCGCAUUUGGCAGCGCAUCGAGCGGUGGCUUUGGCAGCUCUUUUGCCUCGAAGCCUCUCGGCACCAGCUCGUUCGCAACACCUGGCGCACCGGGCAUCACAGGGCUCAGCUCGAAGCCUGAGCGAGCAUUUGGCGCUCCUGGUGACAAGGAAGAGGACGAUGGGUCCGAUGACGGGGAAGACGGCGAUGACGACCCCGAGAAAGAUACAGACGAAGGACGACGAGCAAGUCAGCCCGUGUCCAGCGCAGCUCCCAAAGAGACCGGCGAAGAACACGAGGACUCGGCAUGGAUCGGUCGCGCAAAGCUGUACACAAUGGACGGCGAAGGCAAAGAGCGGGCCUGGAAGGAACGCGGCGUUGGUAACAUCAAGCUCAACGUGACCAAGGAGUCGCCCAAGAAAGCACGCUUCGUCCUCCGCGCCGACGGCACACACCGCCUCAUCCUCAACGCCGCCGUGACAAAGACAAUGGUCUUCGGCCAGGACUCUGACGGUGCUAAGCCCAAGGACGGCCGGCUGCUGUUCAACUCGCCAAACGCCGAGGGCACCCUGGAGAUGCAUCUUCUCAAGCUGAAAGCCGAACGCGCCGUAGAGCUCUGGGAACAUGUCGCCGAGGUCCAGAAGACCGAAUUGUAG